AUGAUGCCCCGGCGUGGCGCGUGUGCUAGUGUACGAGCUAUUUCGAACAAAAAUAACCCUAAUUUGGGUAAAGAAUCGCGUUUCAACGCCGAUGGCUUUUACCACCCAAAUGGCGAGCGUCAUGGCGCCAUAAAUGUCACUAAGUCUUAUUUCAUCGAAGAGGACCCACGACUCUUUGACGCCGGAUUCUUCAGCAUUGCCCCCCGAGAGGCGGAGGCGAUCGAUCCCCAGCAGCGGCUCCUGCUGGAGACUGUCUAUGAGGCCAUGGAAAAUGCAGGACUCACGAUACAUGGACUCAAAGGAAGCCAGACGUCCGCCUACGUAGGCGCUAUGUCGGCUGAUUAUACAGAUACCCAAACACGGGAUGUUGAGAAUAUGUCUCAGUACAUGAUCACGGGAACGUCGCGCGCACUGCUCUCUAAUCGUUUAUCGUACUUCUUCGAUUGGCAUGGUCCCUCCAUAUCGGUAGACACAGCGUGUUCUUCAAGCUUAGCGGCUGUCCAUCUUGGUGUUCAAAGUCUACGGAAUGGAGAGUGUACGAUUUCGUGCGUCGCGGGCUCCAAUUUGAUUUUAGGGCCCGAUGCGUAUCUUGCGGCCACAAGUCUUCACUUACUCUCGCCGACAGGCAAGUCUCAAAUGUGGGACACGGCCGCAGAUGGAUAUGCCCGAGGCGAAGGCAUUUGUGCUUUCUUUAUGAAGACACUGUCUCAAGCUCUUAAGGACGGGGACAGGAUUGAUGCAAUAAUCCGAGAAACAUGUGUAAACUCGGACGGUCGUACGAAAGGAAUCGCGCUGCCUAGUGCCGAGGCGCAGGCAGCGUUGAUCAGCACAGCUUAUAAGAAUGCAGGGUUGGAUGUUUUGAAAGUCGAAGAUCGGCCUCAAUAUGUUGAAGCACAUGGUACUGGAACACAAGCUGGAGACCCUAGGGAGGCGUCUGCCCUCAGCCAAACAUUUUUUCCACCUGGCUACGAGCAUGACGAUUGGCCCUCUCUUGUCGUAGGCUCAGUCAAGACAAUAAUUGGCCACACAGAAGGAACUGCUGGUAUCGCGGGAAUGUUGAAGGUAUUACUGGCUAUGCGACACAAGACCAUUCCGCCCAACCAACAUCUUCAUACUCUCAACCCGAGCGUAAGGCCUUUCUAUAAGAAGCUUCAAAUACCCAUAAGUCCUCAAGAGUGGCCCUCAGUCCCUCCAAAUCAGCCGCUUCGGGCGAGUGUCAAUGGCUUCGGCUCAGGCGGUACCAACUGCCACGCAAUUAUGGAAAGUUACGUUCCCGAAAUCCAUGAUCAUGGACCAUGGGGAACGCCGGAAGCACCACGCGAGUUCCGGGCUUCUGCUUUAACAGAUGUUGAUUUCACUCCAACCCCCCUUGUUUUCUCGGCUAGCUCCGAAUCAGCACUAGUCGCAAUGCUAGAAAAAUACGCACACUAUCUGGAGAAUACUGAUGUGUCUAUUCAACGCCUGGCGAUGACUCUCAACUCGCGCCGUUCAACCCUUCCGGUUCGAAUAGCUUUCCCCGGGACAUCGAAAGCAGGCCUACUCGAGGCAAUAAAGAAACAACUCUCGAAAGUCCGUGAGAGCCCUGGUACGGAAAUCGGUACUCGUCCGCCUGUUAUCGAAUUCGAUGAGAACAGACGCCCUCGGAUUUUUGGCAUAUUUACGGGACAGGGAGCGCAGUGGCCGGGUAUGGGGCAAACUCUAAUGGAAAAGUGUGCACUGUUCAGAGAGACCAUGGAGAUCAUGGAGCAGGCACUGGCACAGCUUCCCGAUGGGCCGGAGUGGUCUCUCAAGAGAGAAUUAAUGGCACCGCCCGCAGUGUCUCGACUGAGUGAAGCUGAACUUUCCCUGCCUAUAUGUGCAGCCGUUCAGGUGGGUCUUGUUCGUUUACUAUCUGAAGCAGGCAUCACUUUCCACACCGUGGUCGGUCACUCAGGUGGCGAAAUUCCUGCUGCGUAUGCUGCCGGUAAAAUCUCUGCAACGGACGCAGUGAAGAUCGCCUAUUACCGCGGUAUUGUUUGCAAGCUCGCCAUUGGUCCAGAUGGUAAGAGGGGGGCGAUGAUUGCUGUCGGGUUUAGUUAUGAGGAGGGGCUUAGUUUCUGUUCAUCCGCUAAGAUGAAAGGCCGUCUAACAGUAGCUGCCAGUAACUCACCCAAAAGUGUAACGCUUUCUGGCAAUGAAGACGCUGUUCUUGCAGCCAAGGAAAUGCUUGACAAUGAAGGCUUGUUCAAUCGCGUGCUAAAGGUAGACACAGCCUACCAUUCAUCACAUAUGUUACCUUGUGCGGAGCCCUAUACUACUCAACUCGAAAGUUGCGAUAUUCGGGUAGGUAACGGCAACGGAAUCACUGCAUGGGUAUCGAGCGUAUAUGAAGACAGCAGAACAAUUACUUCUGACCAGGAUACCGAUAUGCAGGCAGCAUACUGGACAGACAAUCUGAUUGGAAGAGUACUGUUCUCACAAGCACUUGAGCAGGCUUUGGAUGAUGGCAGAGGAGCCCUGGAUCUUAUCCUGGAAGUCGGACCGCACCCAGCCUUGAGAGGGCCGACACUUGAGACUAUGAGGACCAAGCUUGGCUACGAAGUCCCUUAUGCUGGUGUUUUAGACCGAAAGGCGGAUGACAUUACGGCAUUCAGUAACGCUCUCGGUCUUGUUUGGACACACCUUGGACCUACUUGUGUCAACUUUGCCGACUAUUCAUCCACGUUUGAAAAAAGCAAUAGUCACAUAGACAUGACCCCUUUGCCGGAUCUACCAACUUAUCCGUGGGAUCAUAAGCAGAUCAUGUACCGGGAGUCCAGACUCAAUAAAAAGGUCAGAUCCAGAGUGGACCGGGUUCAUGAGCUGCUUGGCAGCAGAACUCCAGAUGACACAGACUAUGAGCCGAGGUGGAGGAAUUUUUUUAAGCUAGACGAGAUACCUUGGUUACGGGACCAUUGUAUACAAAGCCAGAUCAUCGUUCCUGCGGCUACAUAUUGCGUUAUGGCCCUGGAAGCCGCCAGGGCUCUUGGCAGAGGAAAGAAUGUAGAAAGUAUAGAGCUGUCGAACAUCACGAUCCUGCGGCCAAUCGUCUUGAAUGAGUCGUCUGAAGGAACUGAGACGUUGCUAUCUGUGCGCAGUGAUCUUGACUCUAUUAAGGGCAAAAGCGACCUUAUCCGGGCAGAGUUCAGUCUCAGCGCGGGUACAGUGGAGGAUGGACAGAUGAGGACUGCUGCUACAGGAGAAAUACGUAUAUCCAUUGCAAGCGAACAGCCUGACUCCUCUGCCUUGUUUCCUUCCAGACCGCGUAAGCCGCAGUCUGAUCUGUUGCCGGUCAAUAUCAACCAGUUCUAUGAAUCACUAAGCAAGAUUGGGCUGGGUUACACCGGACCCUUCAGGGCUAUAACCUCUGUGGAGAGGAGGAUGGAUAUGGCAUCUGCCGUCGUCGCGAUAGAUGAACAAGUGGGAAAGUCAAUUCCAGUUCACCCGACUUGGCUUGACGCCUGCUUCCAGACGUUUCUCGCUGCAUUUGCCGCUCCUCGAGAUGGCUCGUUAUGGACAGCAUUCAUGCCCACAACAAUCGGCCGCAUGACAUUUGCUCCGAUCUCAAGCAUCGCUCCUGAUGAGCCAGCCUCGGUGACCGUCGACGCACAUAUUACCGAGUUAACACCAGGGUUCCAAGCAACAUUGCCGACGAUUAACGGUGAUAUGAGUAUCUACAACUCCAAAACAGGUAAAUUGGAAGUGAGCAUAGAAGAAUUCACCAUGAGUUCCUUCCUUCCUGCUACGGAGAAGGACGACAGGCUAUUCUACUUGAAAACGGUGUGGCAACGAGACAUCCUCUCCGGAGCUGCCUUCGAAACAGAGCAAGUUACCUCUCCACAUGAGCUGAAGGUUAUUGAUGCCUGUGAAAAGGUAAUUCACUACUACCUGUCGAGGCUUAGGGCGGACAAAUCAUUCCACGAAAAAGUCGAGAAAAGCCCAGGCUUACUUGCUUUGAUUGAGAAAACGGCUACUUGUGCAUACGAACUAACUCGAUCUGAGCUGCAUUCUAUCCUGGAGGAGUUUGGAGAGCACAUAGACAUGGUGUUAGUCAAAACAAUAGGCGAGCAACUUUUGAAUAACUCAUCGGCACUCGUCCCGGCCGGCGCGCAAGCACCAACUUCGUUGAGCGAGCUUGUGUCCCGAUGGCACAACGAAGGGCUAGGAUUUGCGCAAGUUCACAAGCAUAUGUUGAGCGCAGUCAAACAAAUAUCCCACCAGUAUUCGACAUUGAGAAUUCUCCAAGUUGGACCAUCUUCAGCCAACCUUGUACGUUCUGUAUGCCAAGAACUUGAGCAUGCCUUAGAUUCAUACACUAUUGUGGAUGGAUCAGCGAAGGCUAUCGAAGAGAUCAAGGCGCACUUAAUUUCGGAUCAAUUGAGAGUCGACUUCAGACUUCUCGACGUUGAAAACGGGGACGAAAACGUGGAUGAUAUUGUUGCGGCCGGCUCUUUCGACGUGGUUAUUGCUCACAAGGCUUUCAAGAACCAGGAAGCCGCGUUGAAGACGAUCCGAAGUCUGGUAAAGCCAGGGGGCUUUCUUUUGAUGAUGGCGGCGACUGGUGACCAACUUCGCUUUCCCUUCUUCUUAUCAUCAGCUCCACCCCCAGUGCGCGAUGACGGAUGUACCCAGCCGAAAUUAAUAAACGCGACCCGCGAAGAAACACACAGUGUCCUUCAGAAUGUUGGAUUCUCCGGCGUUGAUUCCAUGGCACUUGACAACGUUCCCGAGAAGCACACAUUCUCUGUUGUCGUGUCGCAGGCACUGGACGACCAAAUCAGCUUUCUAAGAGCUCCACUUGCCUCGAAGUUACCCAUUGCAAUGAACGGAAAACUGCUCGUUUUGGGUGGUUCCUCCCCCAAAAUCUCCAAUUUACUUAGGGUUAUUGAGACUAAGCUGUCUCACUCCUGGCAUGGAGAGAUUAUUAAUGUUGAAUCUCUAGCUGACCUACAAAGCCAAGAAACCGAAGGGAUUGAAACUGUCCUUAGUCUGACUGAACUCGAUCACCCAGUGCUCGAGGGGCUUAGCGCUACUACAUUUAGAAGCCUACAGCUGCUUUUCGAGAGGUCUAGGACAGUCCUCUGGGUCACUCAAGGGGCAAGAUCUGUAGCCCCCUACCAGAGUGGAACGAUCGGUCUUGGGCGAACGUUCCAAGCCGAAAACCCACAAAAGCUUCUACAGUUCCUCGAUUUGGAUACACUCGACGGUGGCGAGAUAGUUAUUGCAGAGAGCCUCCUGCGACUUAUUGGAGGCCCAGCCAUUAGAGACGACGGUCCAAAAAAGUCGCAUCUGUGGAACAUUGAGCCGGAACUUGCGGUCGAGAAUGGCAACCUACUUAUUCCAAGGCUUCUUCCCGACAGGAAGCGCAAUAAUCGCCUCAACUCUCUUAAACGAAAGGUGGAGACCCAAACUCUUGUUAGGACACAGCCUGUAACUAUCAUUCGUUCUCUGCACAAUGCGGGUGAAGUUGUGUACUCAGCUGAGGAGGCACUUCAUCGUUCAAACCUCGCUGUGGUUUCCAUGGGCUCGGACCAGAUCACACUGAGAGUGGAGUAUUGCUCCAUCGAUCCCGCCAUGCCCAACUACCACGAGAAAGAGCUGUUCUGCUGCAUUGGUCGCACGCAAGAAGGAAUGCGACUCUUAGCACUGUCAGAUUGCAACUCGUCCGUCAUCACAGUGCCACGCGAGUGGACUAUUCGACUUGGUGACGAAACACUGCAGGAUACAACAACUCUCCCUCUGUUUAUCCGCGUGCUAGAUGAGGUUAGGUCCCGAGUCAUCGAGAAGUCCAUGCCCUCUGGAUACACCACUCUGCUUUACGGAUCUGAUGCACAUCUUGCUGCCACUCUCAAUAGGCGUGAGAACGUGUCGGAUAAGGAUUUCGCGUUCAUCAGCUACCAGGCACAGUCGACUCGUGGAGGCCUUCCUAGUAAUUGCAUAGAGAUUGGACAGCACACGUCAAGGAAGGAGUUAAAAUCAAUUAUACCCUCUAAAACGAGAUUACUCAUUAUCUUGGGCCAUGGAGGUGAUGCACGCAAACUUUUAGCUAUCCAACAGGCCCUUCCAACGACCGCCCCUGUUGUUUCUUUCGACGAUCUCGACACUGAUGGUCUCGUACCAAAUGAAGUACUAUUUGAAGCCUUGAAUUCCGUGAGGAGUCUUCCUUUGUCACUGCAGACAAUAAUGGACAGUACCACUGUAGUCAAGGCCUCUGCUUUAGUUAACGAAGGGGUUAAGAGACAUACAAAUGCCGCAGUCGUUGACUGGACAGGCGAUCAGAUGAUCACGCUAACCCACAGGCCCGUGGACCCUCGCCACCUAUUUUCCCCAAAUAAGACCUAUCUUCUAAUGGGCCUUAGUGGGCAAAUUGGUCAGUCUAUGUGCCGUUGGAUGGUCUGCAACGGUGCGCGGCAUAUUGUGGUUACGAGUCGGAACCCCGACAAGGAGGCACUUUGGAAGGAUGAGUUACAACGACAAGGAGCCAGCAUUGCAAUAGAGGCAGCAGAUGUUACUAAAAAACAAGACCUUGCGGAGCUCCGCACUCGCAUUCUCGGCACUAUGCCACCCAUUGGUGGCGUGGCUAACGGUGCAAUGCUGUUGGCAGAUAAACUCUUUGCUGAUAUGCCUUAUGACAGCUUUCAGAAAGUACUAAAACCCAAAGUCGAUGGCUCGAAAAAUUUGGAUGAGGUUUUCUCCGAUGACGACCUUGACUUCUUCAUUCUGUUCUCCUCGAUUUCUGCGGUAACUGGGCAGCGAAGCCAAGCGAACUACGCUGCUGCGAAUAACUUUAUGGUUGGGUUGGCUUCGCAAAGGCGAGCCCGCAAUCUCCCUGCGUCAGUGAUCGACAUCGGCAUGGUAAUCGGCAUCGGUGUUAUUCAAAGGACAGAUGGCGAUGAGGGCAUGGGCGCGAUGGAGACUGCCCUGCGAAAGCUGGAUUACAUGCCCGUUUCAGAACGCGACCUCCAUCACCUUCUAGCUGAAGCAAUAGUCGUCGGUAGAAGCGACGAGUCUCCAGAAGUCGUGACGGGACUAGAGACUUACAAUACCGGUUCAGGGAAUAGCCCAUUCUGGCAUAAGAAUCUGCGAUUCUCACAUCUCAUAACAGAUAUUGGUUCCUCCGAAGCACGCCAGGGUUCUGCAAACAGUAUUCAAAAAACUUGGAAGGAGAAGCUCGCGGAUGCCAGUGGACCAGAUGAUGCCCUUCAGAUUAUGGAAGGAGCUCUCUUGACGUACCUGUCAUCCUCGCUUAAGUUGUCUAUCGAGAAUAUCUAUACAGAUGUUCCGAUCAUUGAUCUCGGUAUUGACUCUUUAGUUGCAGUGGAGAUUCGGAACUGGAUAUUCUCAGAGGCCGGUUACGAUAUCCCGAUAUUGAAGAUUCUCGGAGGAUCUUCCGUCAAGCAGAUAUGCAGUGAUGUGGUCUCAUCUCUGUCCUUCGAAGGAAAACAGACCAAAGCUGCAGAACCUAAAGCUCAAGCUGCUCCGAUUCUGAGCUCUCGCGACUGGAAUACCCCAUCCCCGGAGACGAAUUCGCUGGAAGUAUCAUCUGACAGUUCGCCACCAGAUGAUACUUCAAGCUCAUCUAUAUCUUCGGAAUCAUCCACUCAGCUAGACUCUGUUGGAGGUGGUCAACCUGCCUCGCCUUCAGGCCCCGUGGUUGCUCUGGACGUCGUAAACAAGAAGUCCCCUCGUCCAGUGCCCCUCCGUACAGAGUCAUUGUCAUUGGGCCAAUCACGACUAUACUUCUUGUCUCAGUACUUGGACGAUGAUACUGUCUUAAACUGCACCAUAUCUUAUGCACUUUUAGGAAGGGUUGAUAUGUCCAAGUUGGAAAAGUCCUUAGAGGCCGUGACUCAAUAUCACGAAACCCUGCGCACCAUAUUCCUUACCAGCAAGCAAGACGGACAACCCAUGCAGGGCAUACUUGAGAAACCGACAUUCAAACUGAAGGUGAUUCCCGGUAUCAGUGACACGGCAGAUGCCAAGAGAGAAUUCGAGCGGACUCAUAAAUAUCACUACAACCUAGAGAAGGGAGAUACCUUCAUCGCUACCGUUUUGUCACACAGCGCUGAUUCUCAUACCAUCAUCUUUGGAUACCACCACAUAAUCAUGGACGGCGUCAGUUGGCAAAUAUUCCAACGAGACUUGGCCAAGUUCUACAACGACCCGACAUUACUAUCCUCUCCCAAAUCCCUGCCAACCCAGUACAUUGACUUCACUCUAAAGCAACAACGGGACAUGUCCAACGGAGCAUAUGCGGAGAGACUCAAAUUUUUUCAGGACGAGUUUCAGAAGCCGGUUGACCCACUGCCGCUCUUCCCGUUUGCUAAAGUCAGUACGCGCAAGUCCUUGACGAAGUACGCGGUUCGAGAUGUUGUCACCCACGUUAGUGCAGAUGUAGUGAGCGCACUGAAGAAGGCGAGCCAAGCUUCUCGGACUACCUCAUUUCAUUUCUUUCUUUCAGCUUUCCAAGUCCUCCUCCACCGCCUGCUGAAUACUGAACAGAUGUGUAUUGGCAUGGUAGAUGCCAACCGUUCCGACCAGAGCUUCAGCAACACUGUAGGGUUUUUCCUGGAAACCAUACCCAUGCUGUUCCGAGUCGAUAGCAAGCAGACGUUUAGCGAUGUGCUUCAGACCACCCGAACCAAGGCCUAUGCGUCACUCGCGCAGACCGGCGUCCCAACCGAGGAGAUUCUACGAGCAUGUAGCAUCCCGGCGUCGACGACUGAGACGCCGCUCUUCCAGGUUGUCUUUAACUACCGUAUGGCAGCAAGUCGGACAUCUCCGAUGCAGGGGGUGGAUGUGAAGUUCCUGGAAUACGCCGACGCGAAGAAUCCUUUCGAUCUUGUGGUGUCCGUUGAUGAGCUAGACGACGGCACAGCGAUGCUCACUUUCUCCCUACAGGAUUACCUGUAUGACCAGGAAGGAGCAAAUUUGCUCGCGAACACAUAUACACACUUGCUCGCUGCGCUGUCCAAAGACACUUCCCGCCCGGUAGGUAGCGUCCCUGUGUUUGACACGAUUUUGACACAGCAGGCUGUCGCUCUCGGUACUGGACCUCAGGUAGAGCUUGCCCCCCCUUCGGCUAGCACUCUCUCGAAGAUUAUCAAUACUUGGGUAAACAGAGAUCCCGAAGCUUUAGCCGUCAAGGAUAUCAACGGAAAUACAAAAACCUAUUCACAGCUUUCAGACCGGGCUAACGCUAUUUCGACGGCGUUGCUGAGUACCGGAACAGCAUCCAUAUCGCCCAUUUGUGUGCUGCUUGACCCAGGAGUAGACACGAUUGCCACAAUCCUCGCGAUUCUUUGCAUUGCCGCAGCCUAUGUACCUCUAGAUAUCCGCAGCACGGAUGAAAGACUGCGCGAUAUCCUGGAAGAGUCUGGUUCGACAAUCCUACUCUACCAUGCGGCGACCGCAGAACGGGCCAGGGAGCUUUACAGACUUUCUGGACGCGCUCAGCGAAUCAGACUUGUUACUCUCGAUGAAGUACCACAGGAAACGACACAAAAGGUUGAAGAUGUAUCAACGUUAGACAGCCUUGCGAUGAUCUUGUAUACUAGCGGUUCGACCGGCAAGCCGAAAGGAAUCCCACUCACCAAUGCCAACAUUCGAGCUCCUAUCCUCGGCGUUUCCGAGAGGGUUUCACUAGGCCAAGAAGUCGUGCUACAACAGAGCGGACAGGGAUUCGACGCCGCUAUCUAUCAGAUCUUCAUCGCGCUUGCCAACGGCGGGAUGUUGAUCAUGGGUGAUAACUGCGGUCACCCGGCAGAAUUGGCUGCUCUGAUGACGCGCGAGGCCGUCACUUUGAGCGUGUUCAUUGUCUCAGAGAUGCAAUCGAUGUUGAAGUAUGGUUAUGAAGAACUCCGUACAUGCUCUUCAUGGCGUCUUGCAAUGGUCGCAGGGGAGGCGUUCACGACAAAUCUCCUAGACCAGUUCCACAGGCUCAACAGGCAUGACUUGAGGAUCAUCAACGCGUACGGUCCCACUGAAGCAUCUAUAUGCUCUUCCAUGCAUGAAGUAUCGCUCAGUGAUGUCAACUCAGCUGACUUCAGCAUUCCGAUCGGGAAGGCUAUUGCUAAUUACGGAACUUACAUUGUUGACGAGGAGUGCAAGCCUGUUCCCAUUGGAUGGCCUGGCGAAAUCGCGAUCAGUGGACCGGGUGUCGCGAGUGGAUAUGUUGGCCUGCCUCAACUUACCGAAAGCAAGUUUAAGCAUCAGACCCCUUUCACUGGAGCUUCGGGCUGGGACAGGCUUUAUCUCACAGGCGAUAAGGGCCGAAUGCUCUCCGACGGCUCCAUUGUGAUGUCCGGACGCGUGGAUGGAGAUGGCCAGGUGAAAAUUAGAGGUAUGCGCAUCCAGCUGGACGACGUAUCCCGAGCCCUCGUCCGAGCCUCGCGCGGCAGUCUCGUAGAUGCAGCUGUUCUAGUCCGAGGUGAUGAUACAAGCAACCAGCAACUUGUCGCAUACGUUGUGUUCUCUAGGACCUGUCAAGUUCACGACAAACAAGCUUAUUUUCGCCAACUCAGCCAGGAGCUUCCGAUUCCACUUUACAUGCGCCCGGCGGUCAUCAUUCCCUUGGAUAUACUCCCACUAACAGAAAGGGGUAAGCUCGACAGCCGCAAAUUGGCGGGUUUGCCUUUGCCGGAGGUUUCUCUCGACGAGGAGAACAACGACCAGCUCACAGAGCAAGAGGUGCGCUUGCGAGACGUUUGGAGAAGUGUCUUAGGUGAGAUCUCCUCGUCUACACCUAUUUAUCGGAACUCCGACUUCUUCUCCGUUGGUGGCAAUUCGCUGCUUUUGCUAUCCCUUCAGGCUGAGAUUCGUCGAAUAUUUGCGGUGGACAUUUCCCUACCGGAGCUCUUCCAAACUAGUACUCUUGAGCUUCUUGCUGCGCAAAUCACCGGCAAUUCAAAUCUUGCCCAGAUCGACUGGGAGAAAGAAACAGAGCUGGAUGAUAAGGCUUUCGUAUCACCGAAUGGAUAUAAAACCCCUCCUCGCAAUUCAGAGGGUAUUUCCGUUCUCCUCACGGGAGCCACAGGCUUCUUGGGAACUGGUAUUUUACGCCAGCUGGUUCAGCUUCCCCAGGUUGCCCGUGUCCACUGCGCAGCAAUCCGCGUCAAUGCCCAGGGCGAGCCUCGACAACUGAGCGUGGAUUCGCCAAAGAUCGUGCAACACUCCGGUGAUCUCGCGCUACGCAAUCUAGGCAUGAGCCAAGCGCAAGUAGAUGAGCUGUUCAACGAUGUCAGCGUCAUUAUUCAUAACGGGGCCGAAGUGUCGCACAUGAAGAACUACCGCAGCUUACGAGCUACCAAUGUCCUGUCUACGAUUGAACUAGCCCGCCUGGCUGUGUGCAGCAAAAUCCCGAUUCAUUACAUCUCUACGGCCGGUGUUGCGCGCCUCAGCGGCGCAGAAGUGCAGUCCGCGUCGUCUUUGGCAGCGUUCCUCCCACCGGUCGACGGCUCAGAGGGUUACGUAGCGUCCAAGUGGGCAAGUGAGGUGAUUCUCGAGAAAGUUCACAGGCGCUUCCAAGCGCAAGUUUGGAUCCAUCGGCCUAGCAGCAUCACUGGUGACAAUGUGCCGGCUCUGGACAUUGUGCACAGCGUGCUGAGGUACUCUAGGUUGAUGAAAGCCGUCCCUGACUUGGCUGGAUCCACGGGAUCAUUUGAUUUCAUUUAUAUCGAUACUAUAUCGAAGGAGAUUGCGAACUGCACUGUAACAAGCGCAGAUGGAAAGAAAACAGGAUCCAGCAACACCUUAAACUACGUACACCAGAGCGGCGAGGUCAUUGUUCCGGUGGAUCAACUCAAGCAGCACUUGGAAGGUUCGGCAGUUGGGUCGUUCAGAGUCUUGCCGUUGCAUGAGUGGGUUACUGGCGCAAUGGAAAACGGUUUGGAUGAGGUUUUGGGCUCGUUUUUAGUAGCCUCCAAAGGCGUGAUCAGAGCCCCAUUGCUGCAGAAGAGCCCUGGGACUAAUUAA